AUGAGCAAUGCAGAAUUAGACGCCAAUACUAGCUCUACGGUCAAUCACGACAAGGCAAAGAAGGACGUUCAAGAAGAGUUUUCAACAGAAACUCACAAUGCAGCUACCACUACAACAACAACGAAAAAAGAGUGGAGUACGGAAGAGGAGGACGAGGAAGAAGAAGAAUACCACCGGGGCAACAGCAGUAGCACAACUACAGUAACUACCGUCGCCACGUCGUCCAGUGAUAACGAUGACAAAGAAAGCCAACAUGAAGAACAACAGCAGCAUCAAAACCAAGAAGAGGAGGACGAAUUUGGCGAGUUCGAUGAGGAGUUCGCUACACCUAUUGAUGCUGAUGACGACGAUUUUGGCGACUUUGAUGAUUUCCAAGAAACGACGAAUCUUGAACCGCCAUUUGAAGACGAGGACGAGUUUACUGCUUUUGAUACCAGCGCUGCUACUGUUACCACCGCCGAUCCGCCGGCGCCCACGGAAGCGGAAGAGUAUGUCAAAGCCCUGGAAGCUGCAACUCAACCGGCGGCAGAAUACGUGGAACAGUUUUUCCGAAGAAUAUGGACGAAGGAUGUGCUGUUGCAAGAGGAGCCCAUGGUAUCGUCUCCGUCUCCUAUAGAAGAGAAAGAGCCGACGUCAGACAAUAGUGUAUUAUGCACACAAUGCAGCCAUGAUCUUUGGGAUAAACUUUCUCGGGAUUCAGUGUUUUAUAAUUCAAUCACCGGUGCCAUCGGUCAGUUCCAAUGGACUCGUUCAGAGACAAAUCGUUCCUAUUUGAAUGCGCUGGGUGUAACCAUCAAUUAUGAAGAGAAAUUAAGCCCUGGAGGGAAUUCAAACUCUCCUAUGGGUGGCAGCAAACGACCACAAUCUAACUAUCUAGAUACAAAGAGCAGCACACGUUCAGCAUCGGUCGUAGCAGGAGGAGCGGCUGGUGGACCAGCAGCAUCAGCAGCAGCAUCAAUGAACAAACGCUCUCCGAAUCAACAUACACGGUCGGCAUCUCUGUCCGGUGUCGGCAUUCCCACCGCCAAUGGUCGGCGGGCAGGUGGCGAUGCAGAUAUCACUAAACCACCAGUAGAGGAAGAACCAGAAUUAGACAUUGAUAUUGCUAAAGCUUAUUGCGAACUGACCGAAGAAACCAUUCGGAUAUUCCCAGACGAAAAAUUAAAAUCCAUGGUAGUUGAGCUCACUAGGUUACAACGGCAAGCCUCUGAAUAUCUUGGCUAUCUCUUGGACCAGCGUGAACAACUCAUGAUGGACGCAGAGACAUAUAAUGAUUUGAUCAGCUGUAUCGUCGGACACGCCCAACGAUUAAGGGAACAGAAUGUGGCCAAGGAUGCUAGUCCGGCAAUGGUUUCCAAGAAAAAGAAGGCUGGUGGCGGUGGUCUCAAAAUGCUUCGUCGUAAGCAAAACAGUGCGUCGCAGGCAGCUUUCAGUACAUCGAUGGGCGGAGGUGUUGUUGGUGUAAAGCAAGGCGGUGCAAAUGCACCAAGCGGCCAGAAGAAAACUGGAUCUACAGCACCGAUAGCAGCGGGCACGGCCGAAGGUCGCCGAUCCAUGUGA